GCGUCGCGGCGCGGGGCGCAGCGGAGCCGCGGCGGGGCCGGGCCGGGCCGGGCCGAGCCGAGCGGAGCCGAGCGGCGGGGCGGGCACAAAAGCGCCGCGCCCGGUCUCGCCGCCUGGGAGUCGGCGCCGGGGGCAGCGCGGGCGCGGCGGGCCGGGGCUCAGCGCUCAGCACUCAGCGGCGCCGGGACGGGCGGCUGCCCCGGGGCUCGCGGGAUGCCGGUGGCCGCGGCGCGGCGCGGAGCGCGGGGGCUGUGGGCGCUGCUGUGGGUGGUGGCCCUGGCGCGUUGCUACAACGUGGACGUGGGUCGCCCGGUGGUGUUCCAGGGCCCGAACGGCUCCUUCUUCGGGUACUCGGUGCUGCAGCACUACCACGACAGUACGCGGUGGGUCUUGGUUGGUGCUCCCAAGGCAGAAUCUAAAUACAGCACCUCUGUUCAGUCCCCAGGAGCGGUGUUUAAAUGUCGAGUCCACACCAACCCUGACAGAAGAUGCACAGAGCUGGAUAUGGGGCGAGGCAAUUCUCGGGGCACACUCUGUGGAAAGACCUGCAGAGAAGACAGAGAUGAUGAAUGGAUGGGUGUGAGCCUGGCUAGACAGCCAAAAGCUGGUGGAAGUGUGCUGGCAUGUGCACAUCGCUGGAAAAACAUCUACUAUGAGACAGAGUACAUCCUGCCCCACGGCUUCUGCAACAUCAUUCCCCCCAACCUGCAGCCCAACGGGAGGAAGCUCUUGCCCUGUUAUGAAGAGUACAAGAAGAAGUAUGGGGAGGAGCACGGCUCAUGCCAGGCAGGGAUUGCGGGCUUCUUCACCGAGGAGUUGGUCAUCAUGGGAGCACCGGGAUCUUAUUAUUGGACAGGAACUGUCAAAGUACUGAAUCUCACUGACAACACAUAUUUCAAGCUGAAUGAUGAUGCUGUGAUAGCCAGGCGGUACACGUACCUCGGAUAUGCGGUGACAGCAGGUCAUUUCUCUCAGCCGACUACCACGGAUGUUGUUGGAGGAGCUCCCCAGGAUGGAGGCAUCGGAAAGGUUUAUAUUUUCAGAACAGACAGACGAUCAGGCUCUCUAAUAAAGAUUUUUCAGGCUUCAGGAAAAAAGAUGGGCUCUUACUUUGGCUCCUCCUUAUGUGCAGUUGAUCUGAACUCUGACGGGUUGUCAGACCUGCUGGUCGGAGCACCUAUGUUUUCUGAGAUCAGAGAUGAGGGUCAAGUCACAGUCUAUAUCAACAGAGGAAACGGAGUGCUGGAAGAGCAGCUUGUCCUGGACGGUGACAGCGCCUACAACGCACACUUUGGGGAGAGCAUGGCUGCCCUUGGUGACAUUGAUGAUGAUGGCUUCCCAGAUGUUGCCAUUGGAGCACCUAAGGAGGAUAACUACAUAGGAGCAGUGUACAUCUACCAUGGGGAUGCCAAUGGUAUUGUACCUCAGUACUCUAUGAAGCUGUCUGGGCAAACAAUAAACCCGAUGCUGCGCAUGUUUGGCCAGUCCAUAUCAGGGGGAGUUGAUAUGGAUAGCAAUGGUUAUCCAGAUAUGACUGUUGGAGCCUUCUUGUCAGACAAUGUGGUACUUCUGAGAUCCAGGCCUGUCAUUACCAUGGACAUCUCCAUUUUCCUGCCUGUAUCCAUCAAUAUCACAGCUCCUCAGUGCCAUGAUGGCUUGCAGCCAGUGAACUGCCUCAAUGUCACAGCAUGCUUUCGCUUCAGUGGCAAGCGUGUUCCUGGAGAAAUAGGUUUGAAUUAUAACUUGACAGCUGAUGUGGCAAAGAAGGAAAAGAGCCAGCAACCCAGAGUUUAUUUUGUGACUUCUGGAGAGACAGUGGGGCAGAUUACAGAGAAGUUACAACUGUCAUACAUGCAGGAAAAGUGUGAACAUUACCUAGCAUAUGUCAAGAAAAGAGUCAAAGAUGUCAUAUCUCCAAUUGUAUUUGAAGCUGCGUACAGCCUUGGGGCACAUGUGAUAGAAAGAAGAAAAGAGGACAAGGAACUACCUGCUCUUAAGCCCAUUCUCCGCUGGAAGAAAGGACAAAAGAUAGCACAAAGGAAUCAGACUGUUUUUGAGAGGAACUGUCAAUCUGAUGACUGUGCUGCUGAUUUGAAACUUCAGGGUAAAUUAUUGCUGUCUAGUGUUGAUGACAAAACUGCCUACCUGGCCCUGGGAGCAGUGAGGAACAUCUCACUCAACAUUUCCAUCUCGAAUGUUGGGGAUGAUGCCUAUGACACCAAUGUUUUCUUCAAUUUUUCUGGGGAGCUCUUCUUCAUCAAAAUGUGGCAAAAGGAGGAGCUGGGCAUUGCCUGUGAGUUGCUGGAGUCUGACUUCCUCAAGUGCAGCGUGGGAUUUCCUUUCAUGAGAUCAAAAUCUAGGUAUGACUUCAGCGUGAUCUUUGACACAAGCCACUUGUCUGGGCAGGAAGAAACACUUACCUUCCUUGUCACUGCCCAAAGUGGAAACCUAGAACGGACUGAAUUUUUGCAUGAUAAUACUCUAACCCUGUCGGUGCCCUUGAUGCAUGAAGUGGACUCAUCUAUCAGUGGAGAAGUCUUCCCUACUUCAUUUUUCUAUGGUGAUUCUGUGGAAGCAUCCAACUUUGUUCAGUUGGAAAACCAUGAAUGCCUUUUCCAGUCUCUCAACUUCACACUGCAGGUUUACAAUGCUGGACCAAGCACUCUCCCUGGAGCUUUUCUUGACAUCUCCUUUCCAAACCGCCUCUCUGCCACUGGAGCUGAAAUAUUUCACGUUCAGCAGAUGAUGGUUGGUCAGGACAAAGGAAGCUGUUCCUUUCACAGAAACCCCAGCCCAUGCGUUGUUCCUCAAGAGAAUGAAAAUAUUUUCCACACAAUAUUUGCUUUUUUCACAAAGUCUGGCAGAAAAGUAUUGGACUGUGAAAGACCAGGCAGGUCCUGCUUAAUUAUACGCUGCAACUUAAGCUCGCUAGCCAAAGCAGAGUCUUGCGAUAUAAGUGUCUACACGCUGCUGAACACUGAGAUACUGAAGAAGGACAGUUCAUCAGUCAUCCAGUUUGUCACAAGGGCGAGGGUGCAGGUGGACCCUGACCUCAGAGUUGUGGAGGUGCCCAACGGGAGCCCAGAAGAAAAACCAGUGGUCUUUGAGGCUUUGCACAAUCUGGAGCCUCGUGGGUAUGUUGUCGGAUGGAUCAUUGCCAUCAGUUUGCUGGUGGGAAUUCUCAUCUUCCUGUUGCUGGCUGUGCUCUUAUGGAAGAUGGGCUUCUUCCGCCGGAGGUACAAAGAGAUUAUUGAAGCCGAAAAGAGCAGAAAGGAGAAUGAAGAUAGUUGGGACUGGGUCCAGAAAAAUCAGUGAACUGCCCACGAAAACUAAAGCCCAGUCAUGUGACACGCGCUUGCUAGCCUGUAGGUCCUGCUCUCGUAUCUUCCAUAUGUGGAAGAAGGAAUCUUCUCCAGAUUUUUCGGAGACCCCACUGACGCUGUGUCUUUAUCACUCCAACAAGCUAGGGAACAUAUCCUGAGGCAACCACUGCAGCCAUGUCAGGUGACUGGAGCGAUUUACACUUCAUUUAAGAGCUGAACUUUGAACUUUGGUAACCAAGCUGCAGUGCAGAGCAAUAUUUAUGAAUCCAACUAUGUGGUAUACCCUCAGGGGAAGACUGUUACCUAAAAAUAUUUUUUAUAAAUAUAAGCUUUUUAUAUUGAUUAUGUCUUUAUAUUUGUAUCAAUGUUUUAUAGUUUCUAUUGAAUAGCUAUAUAGUUCACUCAAGCACUGAUAUCUGGCUAAAUCCUUGGAAAUACAUAUAUGUAUAUAUAAAAAUCCUAUUGUACUUUUAAACUUCAACACAAGAGAGAAAAAGAGAGAUUUGCAGAUAAAAAUAGCUGAAAUCCUCAUACACUUAAUUUGCAAGGCUUGGUAAUGCUGUAUAUAGACCGUUUAAUGGCAAUAAGCCAAAGUCUUUUCUCUAUCUCUCUUUUUGAGUUGAAUUCGGUGUUUGGUUUAUAAACUAUAGAACCUAAAGUAUGACACAGAUGUGAUGUUCUGUAUCUGAGUUUAUCCUUUACUGGCCUGAAUGGGAGAGGAUGAAAAUGCUUCCUCGGUGGCACGUAGCAAGACUUGUAGCUUGCUUUGGCUCACUGAAGAAAGAGCAUCACAGAAUGUUUUCCUUUGGGAAGUUUCUCUUGCAGUCCCUAGUACUUGAUAAUGGUCUAGGACUGUGCAGUUGAGAUACCAGAGGGAUGUAAUUGGGCCAACCACUAUGGCAUUGAUAAAUUCCUUGGAAUUAAAAAACAAUAAUGAAAUGACGCUACUGUUAAUGAUUGUGAUCUGUUGCUAUCAAAGCAAAUGAUAAAUUGCUACAAGCUACAAGUGUUAUGACUGCCUUGUGAGUUUUACACAGGAGUCUUGAGUUUGUUUAUAUGGUGAUUUUAAAGAGAGAUAAGUAGAUGCAAGGGUUAAAAUGUUGGAAUCUUUCGGUCUUGAGAUUCCCUAUCUGUAUGUUCCAAGUACUGAAUGUCAUCCUUCCUCAAGCAUUAAGAAGGAAGUUUAGUCAAGGUGCAGAUGUUACUGGAUCUCAGAUUGCCACUUUGUUCACUGGUAAUUCCUUAGUAGAACAUUUGCUGCAUUAGAAGAAACUUAGUUGUAAUUAAUUCAAUCACAUUUUUUCAAAAAGCCCUUGUAUUUCUGAAUAGGAAUAGUAGAACUCUGUAAGACUUGGGUUUAGAUUCUACUUGUACUUUGCACCUUGUGUAAAUAAGAAGCAAAUGUCUGGUUGGCAUAAAAUCCACGUAAGGGAAAGAAGGGUUGAGCUCUGUGGUAGCAAGUGGAGGAGAAACAGGAAUGAAUGGUUGCAGGAUGUCUCCUUCCAUGAGGGUAAGGUAAAAGAACUGCUGGAAGUUUGGAAACUUGAAUGCAGAGAACAUACAAGAAAUAUGCUUGAGAACAGGUCUUAUUCUUACUCCUCCUUGCCAAAUUCAUUACAGCUUCACAUUUAAAAAAAAAAAAAAAAAACACAUCCGUAUUCCUGUUUGCUGUUUUCCCCCCACUGGCAUUAAGUGCCUGCUAUUACUAUAGUAUUGAUCAAUAUUUAUUAACUUAACUAUCUGCACCCAUUAGGCAGAAGAUGGUUUUUAAAUGAAUGAAUGAAGUGUAUUGAUUCAACGUUUGACAAGAAAAGCUAUUACUCUAUUCAGUUAUCUUCCUUAAAACAAUCAUGGGUGAUUUGACAGGUUUUGUAAUGACAAAUGAAUAUUUAAGCCAGAAUCUGAAAAAAAAAAACCUGCUGAGGCAAAAUCCUGUUAUAACCACGUGUAAUGGACUGCAGAUUUCUCAUCAGAAUGCAAAACCAAAAGGCUGAUGGCCUUUGACUGUUGUAUUAGAGGCUAUUGAUUUCCUCACAGAAUGAUAUUUCUGACAUCACUUAGCUUUGCUAGUAUUUAAACCUAAUGUAUCUAUUUUUUUGGUUUUGAAAAAGCCGUAAGACUGACAGAAGUUGGACAUGAGAUUGAUUCACAACUCUGAAUUGAAUAAGAAAUUACUUAAAAUACUUGCUGAAAAAAAAAAAAGUCCAUUUAUUUAGAAGGAAUUUUCAGUAUCUGCUCUCUUUAAAACUACUACCAUCCCCAAAUUAUCAAAAAGUAAAUUUGCUGAAAAAAUAGUUCAGGGGACAAGUGAAACUAGUUGUGAAUUUAACUGAAUUUGAAAGUUUCUAUCCAAAAAUAGAGAAAUUUCACUUUGAAAAGUUUUAAUGCCUCAUUUCCACUUUCUAAACAGAAAUUUACUUUCACAUCUGCCAAAAUGCAAUAUUUUAAAAUUCAAGAUCAUUUACUCCUUUGGAACAUCUUUUUAAAGUAUAUGAAGAAAAGACUUUAAAAAGGUAAAAUGCCCAUUUAGCAUUUUAUAUUGUGGUGGACAAUUUUUAAUUUUUUUUUACUCAAAGCAAGGAAUGUUUUUCUUACUUGGUUAUAGUAAAAAACAAAUAAAUGUAAAUCCCACUUGAUAUUGCCCACACUGGAAUUUUUUGCUCUCUGACUUGAAUUGUCUACUCUUGAUCCAGCACAAGUUGUCACACAGUGAAAAUGUAGUUGUUGGCCAGAUUAGUGACAUAUUCUUGAAAUAAUCCAUAAAUUCUUAGUAGCGUCGCUGUUAGGUACUCAGUAGUUCUGUUGUCACAGAUGCUUUUGUUUUUACGUGUAUACUCUUCAUUAUUUUUUUUUUUUUUUUUGGUGUCAAAUUCCAUUGUCGCUCUUGCUUGGUUCCAGUUAGGAUAGUCAGAUUUGACAAUGAAACAUACCAGUGCUUAGUAUUAAAGUCCUGUAGAUGCACUGUUCCACUCUUUAAAAAGUAACCGAACAAACCUAACAAAAACACCCCACUAACAUCAGUUGGUUGCAAUUAGUUUCUAACGCAAAAAUCUUAUGAAAACUUAAUAUACUCCAAGAAUGUGUAGGAAAUAGCUGGGCUAUAGAUCUGCUGGUUGAUUUUUGUUGGGUUUUUUUUUUUUUUUAAUUAAGAAAUCAUAAUAAAUGUAAUGGUAUCAAAAACUAGAGACAUGGUUACUUUGGAAAUUGCUUCCAGGGCUCUGGAAGUUCCCAUCUGUCAGCUGCUUGUGAGUUUUGUUGUGCUGUACUGCUUGUGCAGGCAGAGCUGGGGCAAGUCGUUGUACUGGUUCUCUCUGGUUAAUCCAUUUCAGGACAAAGCCAUCAAUUGCCUUGGACAAAUUUGAUUGAAAGGUUUGCUGAAUUGGCAUCGCGUUCUUUUUGCAGCGGUCUGACUUUGCACUGGCUCUGAGCUAUGCAGAUGGAAGCUUGGAAGUGGGGCUGUAACAUUUUCAAAUGCGUCAUCUGGCACCUGAGAGAUCUUUUGUUUGACCCCUGAAGCUCGCAGGGUGGCUUCUUACAGAUAGUACCCUUGAAGUUGCUUUUAGGGUAGGAAGGAAACAAUCUCAGUAAAAUAUGAUCAGGAAGAAAGGGGAAAAAAUAUUAGAGGAAAAUUCAUUUAACACAUAGCCCAUGCUGUUGCAGCCCUACUUAAUUUCCAUCUUGAUAUCAAGAUCACAGUCACUGCGGAGUUUUGUGGCCCACAGCACAGGGAUUAAUUUCAAUACCUGAGAGCUGAAAACGUUUGCCACCUUUCACAGUGUGUUUUGUGACCAUUCCAUUUGAAAACCAAGCGUCUACUUGGAGGUGAAUUUCCAUCAGUUCACCCCUGCAGGAGCAGGGGUGGUGUACUCUGAGACUGUGCCAAUGGUAUACUCUGGUACUUGGCCAUCGUAGCUAAUGAAAAUACUAGCUAUGUUUUUCUGAAGAAACCUAGUUUUUAAUUUGCUCAAUUACAAGGAGGAAGUCAGCAAACUGUAGAAAACACUGGAGCAGUCUCUGCAUCGAAAUCGCCUCGCAAAUCACUUGGAUUAUCUGAGAGAGAAUUUUUUCUUGAUGUGAACCCCAGGCCUGUAAACCACUUAAGCGAUCCUUUCAUCUCAAAGUGGCAAAGGCUUUUGCAAUGCCAAGCAUACCAGCGAGGACAGCUGAUAUGACACAUGAGUGGGAAGGAUCGUACGUACGAGUCAGUGAUGCGCAGGUAGCUCGGCUUGCUGAAAGCAACAGUGGCGCAAAGAUUGUCUUGGGCAAUAUUUAGCAUCGACUUUCUCGAAUGUCAUCUUUUUAUGGGCACUUUUUGGAGUCUUGCACAAGUUUCAAGCAUCCAAGCAUAGUAUCCGUGUGGCGUGGGAAUAUAUAAUAUUGCUUUCAGUAAAGGAAUAAAGGAGUUAUGGAACUAAUUUCUACCUUUGUCCAAGUUCAUCCGCUUGCUAGGGUUUCUUGGAAAGUAGGUUUUCGUUCAUUUAGUGUACAUUGAUUAAACUGGCAUGAAGACUAUAAAUGCUUUUGGAGCAUGGUUUGCAUAUGCAGUAGGGCACCUGCAACAUCGUCACUCCUUUUUCUUAGAAUGUCACUCCUAUGUAUUGUAAAAUUGUGUGUUUCUUUUUGUGAACUUGUGGUUGGAAGAAUGUGUUCACUCAUUGAUGUCACCUGUAUUUAGAAGCUUGUGUUCACCUGUAUUCUAAUUCACUUGCACUGUUUUGGAAAUGUCAGGUUUACAAAAAUACAACUUUUUGGAAUAAAAAGUGGCUGCAAAAUUA